AUGACGAAAUACUAUUCAACUCGAUCGAUUGUAGAUAUGUUAAUGCAAAGAUUUAGACAAUGUACUUCACUAUCUACAAUUACUACUUAUCAUAAUAUAUCUAGGUUAAUGUUGAAAACAUCAAUCGGUAUAAACGAUCGUUGUUGCUUAAACGAUAUUAAUAGAUUAUUAUAUUCAACGUUAUCAUCGAGUACUAGUAGUAGUAAUAAUAAUAGUAGAUUAAAUCAUCAUCAUUAUUAUAACACCAAUAAUAAUAACAAUAGUAGUGGUAAUACUUUUAAAAAUCAUUAUAAUAAAAGUAGUAGUAGUAGUAGUUCUAGCAAUAAUAUAAAUAAUAGAUCUUCUUCGUUAACAAGUCAAGAUAUUUCGAAUUUAGAGAACAAGUUAGUAGAGCUAUCAAAUGAAUGGUGUAGAUUAGAUGGCAUUAGAAGUGAAUUGGCAUUGUCUAACGUUGAGCAAUUCGAACAUCAACAACAACAGUUAUCAAAUAUCAUUGUCAAUCAGAGAGAUAUCCUUUUCACCAUAGAUUCAAUUAAAUAUCUAUUGAACAUAAACAACAAUAUCAAUAAUAGUAAUCAAUUAGAUGAUAAUAUAUAUAAUUUUAAACAUAUGUCAAUUAAUAAUCAAUAUCAAUUCGAACGAUCAUUAUUAAAUAAAAUACCACUAAAUAACUACAAUAUUAAUAAUAAUAAUGAUGAUAACUAUAAUAAUAGUAAUAAUAGUAAUAAUGAAGAUAUGAUAUUACAAUUAAAUGGUCAUAAGCUAUUGAGAGAUACCUACUUAAUGUUAGAAUUAAUCAUUGGUAGAAUAGAGAGAAACAUUACCUAUGGUGGUAAGGUUGGUGAGUUGGUUAGCAAACAACUUCAGACAUUGCUUCUCUCGUAUAAGAGUAACAGUCGGUUCCUAUUGAUUAGUAUUCCCGAUUGGUCAGAGAAGUACAACGAACAAAGAGCUGCUGUCAUUCAAUCGAUAGAGAAUCAACUAUUGGCAUGGACAACAACAACAACCGAUACACCUAAUAAUAAUAAUAAUAAUAAUAAUAAUAACAUUCAUACAUUAAAUCUAUUAAUCAACACAAGAGAUCUUUUACAUACAUUAUACUAUGGUUUUAUAAAUCAAAAAGAUAAUAACAAUAUCAAUAACAAUAUCAAUAAUAAUAAUAAUAAUAAUAAUAAUAAUAGUUAUAAAGAAUAUAUAAAACAUUAUUUAGAUAGAAUGGUAGUGGUACAUAAUGAGAUAGAGGAAUGUCUAUUAAAUACCAAUGAGAAAGCAAAGAACGUACGUCAGAGAACUGUUAAUACUUCCACCUCCGCUAUAAGGUCAAUGAUAGAGAGUGAUCUGUCGUUGGUUAGAAGUGUGGUGAAUGACAAUCGUAACAGAUAUCCUUUGGAACUCUUGGAGAAUGAUAAGAUGCUAUAUAGACGACUACCAUAUACAAGUUCAUUAAUAUUCAAAUCGAAAUCAAAUUCAAAUUCAUCAAAAGUAAAUAGCUAUAAUAAUAAUUAUUACAAUAACAACAAUAAUUAUAACAAGAUACAAGAAAAAUAUAAAUUAUUUAGAAAUAUAGAUAAUAAUAAUAAUAAUAAUAAUAAUGAUCAUGAUGAUAUUGAUUACAUCGAUAUACUAGAUUCAAAAGAAAUAAUAGAUAACAACAACAAUAAUAAUAAUAAUAAUAAUGAAGAUGAUUUUAAUGAUGAACAAGAAAUAGUUAAACAAUCAAAAUCAAAAGCAUAUCAUCAACUUCCAAAAAGAAACGGUCCAAGAUGGAAACAUUGUUAG